GGAGUCAAAGCAGUUUCCUUAUCUGACGUCACAGCGCAUAUAACGCCUACGUCGGUGACGUCACCGAUUUCCACCGCAGCGAAGGUCACUCAGAUAUCGACAAAGACAACUUUAGAGCCAGACGUAGCUUUCCCAGCGGUGUUAAAGGGAUCACAAAAGCAGAGGGUACCACCACCCGUGCCCCCUAGAGGUUCCCCCAAGGCUAAACGCGGUGGGGGUCACUCCCAGUCCAGUCAUGAAGUCAAAGGUGAUUAUCCAACUUUAAGUGUAUCGGCCAACGACAAUCCUCUUAAACGUUUUGCAAGUAGUGAUGAUGAUUUUGGCUUUUAUGGGCAUGAUGUUAAAUUUAAUGAAUUUAGUGCAUGCCGUGUUGCAACUUCUAUGUCCAAUUAUUCAGAUAGAAUUCCUAAAUUAGGAGGCUCCGAUAACUAUUUAGACUACGAAGAUGGAGAUAUUAUAACCAAUAGAACAAAUUCAGGUAAAGAUUUGAUCGCCCAAACAAAUAUGAUGGCUAAAUUUAAUAUUGACAAAGUUGUAAGAGAACAUUUAGAUACAGGGGAUUAUGAUGGUAUAUCAUUCACUGAAUCUAGCGACGAGGAAAGUAUCAUUGCUGUCGAAGUCAAGGAUUAUGGAGAUGACAGUGACGAAGAAGUAAGCAAUCCUAAGGCGACAACAAAAUCGAAAAACCCUUUGCAGUUCAUCAUCAGACAGAAAAAGCAGCCGAAAAAAGAAAUAAAACGUACACCGAAAAUUGUUGUAAAAGAUUCAUCAAGUGAACGAUCACAAUCUCCUGAUGUUAAAAAACAACGUCCAAUACCAAAACCUCCAAUAAAAUCGAUUCCAUUAAAAAAAGAGCCAGAGAAAAUCAUCGAAAAAGAUGUCGAUGUCGUUUCUAGUAAAAGUUCUAAACCGGGCUUAAUGUAUGGUCUUUCUAAGAAAUUUAAUUUCAAUCAAUCUAAAAAAGAGAAAUCUCGCGACAGAGAACCACAGAAAAUUAAACCAAAAAUCGAAAUAAGAACUUACAGCGAAGAGCAUUCAGAAGGUGUUACUAAAGAUGUUGUUUUUGGUACAAAAGCGAAGUCAAAAAUAGACAUGUUCCAAAAGAAUAUAAAGCAAAUGCAAACAGAACCAGAUAACGAAUCUGGUUUUGUACCUUCUGUGGUAGUUACACCAAGGAGGCCACCAACGAUAAGACGACGGGAUAAAGUCAGUGAAACCAAGAAGAUAUUUGAGAAACCACCAGCUCCGAAACCGCCAAUCUUUAAAGAUCAAAAACCUAAUACAUCUAACAUCGCCAAAACAAAGCCUGCAGCCCCUAAGCCUUUUAGUGGGAAUGUCCAUGACAAGAUAAGAAAGUUCACAGUAGUUCCUGUACCUGAACCUAAAAGCUAUCCAAAACCACCAGCUCCAAAGCUCAGACAGAGUUUCAAAAGGAAACCAGAAAGGAAUAAAUUUAUGGUAGUGACUAAAGACGUGGAAGAAUAUGUGUAGUGUGAAAAUAAGAAACCAAAUAGUGCCUUUUUGUUAUUCAAAUAAAGUUUUUUUGUAUUAAGUGAAUUCAAUUGAAAUAGAAAUGACUAUUGUCUACUUUGUGCAUGGUAUUUUGUGAUUCUUAUAUACCCAUGUCUACCACUAUGCUAGUUUUAGUCGUAGUUUAUAUCUCGAUUUAAGUAUACACGUAUUUUUAUCGUGUGCAUGUAUUAUGGGACACAACUUAUUCGUACACCUUAACAUAUGUGAACCAUUUUCAUAUUUACAUUUAUAUUUUCAACUCUACUAAUUUUAUUAUUCACAUCUAUUGCUAUUUUAGUUGCCACAUCAACUUUUAACAAAGUAGUUUG